GACAAUGUUGCAGUUCUAGAUUAACACAAAUCCUAGUGAAAUGGUAAUGCAUAGGUGUUGAAUGCUUAUCUUUAAUACAAUCAUUGAUCAUUAUAUUGCCAGUUUGCUACUCAAUUACUGACGUUAUCUGAAAUCUUUUAUGCUAUUGAAAUCUAUGCUCCCAAGUUUUGAUAUAAAAGUUUACUGCUUUCAAGCUCUCCUUAACAUGGAAAGUAUCGGAAGUGUCCUCUUGAGGCAUGUCAGGAUGAGGGAGUCAACUAGGGGAAGGUGUUUCACUCAUAGAGGAAACAUGCUUAAGCUACUUAGACACCAGCUCUGUACAUCAACAGGUGCUAGCAAUGAUCAAAUAAUGGACUGAGUGAUUGGAUUGGUCAAGAAGUACGACAAAAUUGAUGCCAGUAAGGUAACUGAAACAGCUGAUUUUCAAAAAGAUUUAUGCCUGGAUAGCAUAGAUAGGGUUGAGCUUGUUAUGGCAUUUGAGGAAGAAUUCUCCAUUUAAAUCCCAGAUGAGAAUGCAGAUAAGCUGACUUGCUGUGCUGAUGAUGCAAAAUACAUAGUUUCUGGAUCAGGGCCAAACAUUGCAAAGUCCUAACAGUUUUGGGAUGGUUUCAGUCCCUGUUGAAGAAUGUAUUUGUCGUUAUGAA